AUGUCUCAUCUUCACCCCCAUCUCCUCCUCCUCCUCCUCCUCCUCCUCCUCCUGCCUGUGUUUGGCCGGUGUCAGACUGGUGGUCAGUUUGAUGUGUGUCGGUCACUGCGUGGCUCAGAGGCGGGGCCUGGAUGGGAGUUUUAUGCUUGUCAGCCUCCACCUGCCAACAUGAAGGAGGUGAUGCAGAUCAGAGUUGACCCCCCCGGAAUCACAUGUGGAAACCCACCAGAGAGAUUCUGCACACUGGAGAAUCCAUACCUGUGCAGCGAUGAGUGUGAUGCGUCCAGCCCAGACCUGUCUCACCCUCCACAGCUAAUGGGAGACAGGGAGCGGGGAGGACUAAUCACCUACUGGCAGACAGUCACAUGGUCCAGGUAUCCUGAGCCCCUAUUGGCCAACAUCACACUGUCCUGGAAUAAGAGUCUGGAGGUCGUCGAUGACAUCAUCGUCACCUUCGAGUAUGGCCGACCAACGAGCAUGGUGCUUGAGAAAUCUCUGGACAAAGGGCUAACGUGGCAGCCGUAUCAAUACUACGCUGACGACUGUCUAGAGGCCUUUGGCAUGUCUCCGAAACAGGUUUCCGACUUAGCACCGAGUAACUUGACCCGGGUCAUCUGUACUGAGCAGUACUCCCGCUGGGUUGGAGCAAAGGAAGAGAAGGUUGUGGUGUUCGAGGUGCGCGCUCGGUUUGGAGUGUUUGCAGGUCCAAAGUUGAUCAACAUGGAUGCCCUGUACACCCGGAUGGAGACGAUGAAGGGUCUGAGAGACUUCUUCACCUUCACCAACCUCCGCCUGCGACUCCUCCGCCCAGCACUGGGAGGGACUUAUGUCCAGAGAGACAACCUACUUAAGUACUUCUACGCUAUCUCCAACAUUGAUGUACCUGCCAGGUGUAAGUGUAACCUCCAUGCUUCUCAGUGUGUGUUACGUGAUGCAACGUUGCAGUGUGACUGUGACCACAACACAACUGGACAGGACUGUGAACGCUGCAGCCAAGGCUUCAAUCCUCGUAGCUGGAGACCUGGAUCUUACCUACCCCUGGCCAAAGGCACUGCCAACACCUGUGAAGCAGCAGAAAUGGCAGCUACGGAUGGUGACUCUAACUCAGCAGCACCAGACAGACCAUCUGCCUCAUCAAAUGGAGUGACUGACAUUACUACUAUUGCUACUACAAACACUGUUUCUACAAUUGGCACUUAUUUGACUGCCUCUACUGACCAAACUAGUACUAUUUUUAUGUACACAAUGACUUCUGAUGCAGCUCCUACAAGCACAGCAAGUGCUAUUUCAGCCAGUGCUUUCACUACCUCUGACACAUGGAGUAUUAGUACUGCAGAAAUAACUACUGAUAUCCCUGUAUUUAGCACUGACAAUGUUCUUACUACCCCUACUACCACAAUGGACACUAACUCUACAACUUACAUUAUUAGUACUAGUGAUACCGGUGAUUUUCCUAAAGCUGGUUUAGACUCAACAGCAGUUGACACCAGUACUACAGUUUUUACUACUUUCAGUAGUGCUGUUAGUACUGCAGGUUCUGAUGCAUUUCCAGACUUUAGCAGUGCAGCAGGACCUACAGCCAACACAGCUCCAUCCAGCAGCCCAGACCUGGAGACUGUAGGCAAACUAGACCCUACAGUACCAGACACCACCACUCCUAGUACCACUAUUAGCACCAGUUCCAUCACCAGUACCAACAGCAUCACUAUCCCAGGCCCAAGCACUGACUCUGAGGUGUCUAUUUCUGACCCAGCGACUCCAUCCUCUGACUCCAACUCCUCACCAGACAGCACAGACUCCACAUUCUCUGACACUGGUACUGACAACAUGAUCACCAGAACAACCCUAUCUGCUGAUGGUACUACAACAGCAACCGGAACACCAACAACAGCAACCGGAACACCAACAACAGCAUUCAUCCCAGUAUUAACCCAAACCAAUGACGGGGCUCCAUCAGGAGACACUCAAUCAACUAUGUCAGUCACAACCAAUCAGGCUGGAGAUCCUUCAUUUACAGCAGGAACUGACACAACUUCUCCUGAUGUUCCUCCAGACACUCAGAUGAAUAUUCCUCCUGCUGGUGUACCUGAUGAAGCUCCUCCUGGUGUACUAACUCCUGAUGCACCUCCUCCUGAUGAAGCUUCUCCUGGUGUACUAACACCUGAUGUACCUCCUCCUGAUGAAGCUUCUCCUGGUGUACUAACUCCUGAUGUACCUCCUCCUGAUAAACCACCUUCCAAUGUGUCUCGUCCUGAUGAAGCUCUUCAAGAUGUACCUCCCUAUGAUAUAUCUCCUCUGGAUUUAACUCUUCCAUAUGUACCUUCUCCUGAUAUACCUCCAGAAUUCAUUCUUCCUGAUGUACCCCCUCUUGAUAUACCUUCUACUAAUGCACCUCCUCUAGAUGUACCUUCUCCUGAUGCACGUCCUUCCGAAAUACCUCCUCCAGAUGUACCUCGUCCAGAUGUAGCUCCUGGUGUACUCCCUCCAGAUGUACCUCCUGGUGUGCCUCCUCCAGACAUACCGCUUCCUGAUAUACCUUCUCCUGACGUACCUCUUCCUGAUGUGCCUCCUCCAGGUGUUCCUCUAGAAGCACCCUCCUCUAGGAUCCCUGACACACUUAUCGAUGUACCUUCUCCUGAUGGAGCACCUCCUGAAGUAUCUCGUCCUGAUGCUUCUGUAGAGUCCUUGUUGCCUUCUUCUGAAGGAGGAGAAGGUGAUGCUGUACCAGACACAAGCUCCACCACCUUAAAUCGUUCGGACCCUUCUGGUGAUUUUGCCCCUGUGGACUUCACCUUCCCUUUCCCGGAUGAUCCAAAUUCAGUUGAAUCUCGACAAGAUUCUGGACCAGUGCCUGUUAGUGAUCCUGGGAACCUUCCAGAUGAUUCCCGUGGAUCUGUUGAUGUUACUGGAUCAAAUUCAGUGGAUUCUGAACUGGAUUCUGUCUCAGUAGGGCCAGGUACAGAGGUGAAAAAGAAUGAUGAAAUACAAUCAAACAGAACUGACUCCUCUGCAUCAGGCAGUGGAAGUCCUGGUCUAGAUUCUAGACCUGAUUCUUCCCAAGCAGUUGAUUCCUCAGCAGCUCCAACGGAAGGAAAGUCAUCUGGAGAGGAUUCAGCUGCUGGUGGACCAGCAGGAGUAUCAGAGUCCGAUGAAAAGAGAGUCUCAAAACAAGAGAAGACAGAGGAGGAAAAAAAGGAGAAAGCAACCCAGAAGAUUCUGAUUCCAGGAGGACCAAAGUUCAGUCAGCUGUCCAAAAUCGCCUACGUCACCUUCCAGGACUGUGAGUGUAACAGUCACUCCAACCGCUGCAGCUACAUCGACUUCCUCAAUGUGGUCACAUGUGUGAGCUGUAAACACAACACACGAGGUCAGAGCUGCCAGUCUUGUCGCCUUGGUUACUACAGAAACGCCUCGCUGUCACUGGACGACGAGAACGUUUGUAUCGAGUGUGACUGCGACAUGGAGAGGAGUCUGUCUCCUCACUGCUCGGAUUCAGGGCUCUGUCAGUGUAAACCUGGAGCCACUGGACGGCGCUGUGACUCCUGCCUCCCUGGAUACACCUGGAGAGGAGGUGGAGCCAGCUGCACAGUUAACAUCUGUGAUGAGGAGAGCUUGAUUUGUCAGAACGGAGGAACCUGCAUCGACUUCCAGCGCUGCAUGUGUCCGGAAAACUUCACAGGUUUGUUCUGCGAGAAGAGCAUCUGUCUGAAGAAUAGCGGUUGCCCUGAAGGCGCUGAGGGCUCCGCCUCCUCUCUGACAUCACACCUUUACCUGCUGACCCUCAGUUUGAUCUCCUCCACCAUCUCCUAACCACGCCCACUGACCCAGGGCCAUGCCCACCAAUGAUAUCGAGGAGCUGAGCCUGUUUCCUAUUAGAACAAGAUGUGACAUCAUCAUUCAGCUGAUCAGCUGCUUUGUUUCACAGAGUUGAAGAGCACUGCUCUGCCAUCAACUAGUGAUCACCGUUACUCACAUGAAAGUCAAAGUUUGUACCUGAGGCAAUAAAAUGUUGAAAGUAGUGGAAUCAUCACAGAAAGUGUUUACAGCUGCUGUGGCCACCAACAAGGCCAACAAGAAAAACAGCUGACAUGUUUCAUCUUUUCCACUACAACAUGAAAAUAACAUGUAAUAAUCAAUAUAAUCAACUCAUUAACACUUUAUCUCCCUUUUAAUGACCCAGUGUGACAACAUGAUAACAACAGAUGAUGUCUGCAUCUCCCACUUGAUUCAGUCUGUUGGUUUUAAUCUUAAUAAACACGAUCUGGUUUCUGGUCAACAACUUCCUAUCAGGACUCACUGGAGGUCUCUGAUUGGUCAGCAUGCUGCCAUGUGAUUAGAUUUCCUGUCAGAACACACCUGUGGUUUGCCUCUCAAACAUUGUGAGGAUGACAUUUCCUCUCUCUGAUUGACUGAGAUAUCUGUCCACAAUCAGCCUCUGUGCUGUGUUCUGAUUGGUGCACAUUCACACUGCACCACAGAUCCUGGUGACAUCGUACAGUUACCAUGGAGACACACCAUCACCACCACUUUUCUCUCUCUUUCUCUCACACACACACACACGCAGAAAAUGUGUGUGUAAUUAACUGUCAGUACUUGACCUUUGAGUUCAUGAGCUA